CGGGAUUUUGAAAAACAAAAAACAAAACGAAACGAUGUCGCGGAGGCCAGACGAUAAACCCGAGGAGCGACGGAACAGUUACAAGGCGGCAAUGGACACGGCGGAAGCUCGCCGGAGGAGAGAAGACGGCCUGAUCGAGAUCCGAAAGAACAAAAGAGCAGAGAACUUGUCGAGGAAGCGGCGCGGCGACGUUCUUCAUCCGUCGUGGAACAUCGAUCCCGGGCAAGUUCCGGCCAGACGACCACUCGUCGAGAGAGCUCAACUCGGGGAGGAGCUCAAAGCCAUGCCGGAACUGGUGGACAUGAUCUUCAGCUCAAACGACGUCGCUUCACAGCUGGACGCAACGAUUCAGAUCCGGAAACUCCUAUCAGUGGAACAGAAUCCAAUUUUCGAUGAAAUUGUCAAUUCCGGAGUGGUUCCCUGGUUUGUUAAGUUUCUGGAAAGAGAUGAUUUCCCUGAGCUUCAGUUUGAGGCCUCUUGGGCUCUUACAAAUAUCUUAUCAGGGACUUCUCAGCACACAAAACUCGUGAUUGAUCAGGGUGCCGUUCAGCUGCUUGUAAGAUUGCUUAGCUCACCGAAUGAGGAUGUUCGUGAACAGGUGGUUUGGGCUUUAGGUAAUGUGGCGGGGGAUUCUUCGGAAUGCCGUGAUCUUGUUCUCCGGCACGGCGCCUUAACCGGGUUUUUGGCCCAAUUAAAUGGUGAUCCGAAUCCGUCCAUGUUGUGUAAUGCGAUUUGGGCUAUCUCGAACCUCUGUAAAGGUAAUGAUCCCAAGCCUGAUUUUGAGCAGAUUAGACCUGCCCUGCCCACAUUGGCUCGUUCUAUGGCUACAGAUGAUGAAGAGGUUUUGAUCGAUUCGUGUUGGGCGCUUUCGUAUCUCUCUGAUGGUGCUACUCAAGAUCAAAUCCAGGCUGUCAUCGACGCCGGCGUUUGCCGUCGUCUUGUUGAACUCCUCCUUCAUCAUUCCACCUCUGUUCUGAUCCCGGCGUUGCGAGCUGUCGGGAACAUUGUUCUUGGCGAUGAUGUUCAGGCACAGGUUAUGAUUGACCAUCAUGUUCUUCCUUUUCUUCAGAAUCUAUUGACUGAUGAUAAUGAUGAGAGCAAGAUCAAAAAAGAAGCCUGUUGGACUAUCUCGAAUAUUACUGCUGGAAACAAGGAGCAGAUUCAGGAGGUGAUUGAAAAUGGUAUUAUAACUCCUGUUGUUGAACUGUGUUUGAAUGCUGAGUUUGAGGUGAAGAAGGAAGCUGCUUGGGCUAUUUCCAAUGCUAUAUGUGGUGGAACUCAUGAACAGAUUAAGAUCUUGGUGAGCCAGGGUUGCAUAAAGCCACUGUGCGAUCUUUUGGUCUGUUCCGACCCGAAACUAAUACUUGUGUGCUUGAUAGCUCUGAAAAACAUUUUGGAGGUUGGAGAAGUUGAAAAAAAUCUUGGUGACACAGGAAGUGUAAAUGUCUUUGCCAAGAUGAUUGUUGAAGGUAAUGGUAGGGAUAAGAUUGAAAAUCUCCAAAGCCGCGGUGACGACAACGAAAUCUCUGAGAUGGCUAUGAAGAUUGUUGGAACAUAUUGGUUGGAAGAAGAUGAUGAUCAGAAGGAGAUGCCUUCGGCUGGUGGCUCACAGUAAAACAUCAAUGAUUCAGCUUUGGGGAUCGUCAUAUAUGUGUCUUUUUUUUUUUUUUUUGGGUGUAAUUGGAAUGUCAUAGCAAGAAUCUCCCCUUCACUCCCAAACCCUGAAAACAAUUCUUUUGGAUGUCAUAACUAGUUUCUAUAGUUUUCAAGUUUUUGGAGUGGGGAAGAGACCCUUUUCCUUCAAAAUGUAAUUUGUGUCAUGCAUCAUGAAGAGUCAGAUUUUCUAUUUUAUGUUUUGUGUAAUUUUCUCUCUUCCAAAUGCAUCCUGAAUCCCUUGAUCG